CCUCACUCUGGUUGGGUCGGUGCUCUUCUUGUGUUGGUUUGAGGGGAGGUGGCGUUAAGGAUCAAGCGGCCAUGAACGGGUUCGGCACCGGGGCAGCCGCGGUCCGGAAUGCCGGCAAUGAAACCCUGGAGAAGAUCGACAUGUCGUUGGAUGAUAUCAUUAAAUUGAAUAAGAAAGAAGAGCGGAAGCAGUAUUCCCCCAGAAUGAAGAGAGGAGUUCAACAGAAUGGCACACGGCAGUUCAGGAUGAGGACCAAGUGGGGAAUCCAGGAAUACACAGGCUUUGGCAAAAACCGCUUAGGGCGCAGAAAGCGAAUGGCUGGGAAGAGGCGGCCCUACAGCCUUAAAACUGGGUUGGCAGCGAGGAAAGCACUCAGCGCUCCCAAGGGCAUCAGCCCCCUCAACAGGUCGCCCCUCAGUGAAAAGAACGUGCAGCGGAACUACUCAGUUUUGAAACGGAAGACGACCAUCCAGAGGCCCUCUGAGUUACAGCGAAAGCAAGCAGCCAUUCUCAGGAGGCCCCCUUCGUUAAACAGGAGAACCAAUAUACAGUCCCCUUCUGCCAGAAUUGGAAAUAAGUUAUACCAGCAGAAAGACACACGCCAAGCAACAUUCCUCUUCAGGAGGGGCCUGAAGGUGCAGGCGCAAAUACAUCCCGAAGACGACCUCGACGGCCAAGGCGCAAAAAGAUCUCGUCCAUGGCGGACAUCCACUACGAACGGAGGGAUCUUGACCGUGUCCAUUGACAAUCCCGGUGCAAUUCCGUCCCCGAUCUCUUUGAAGCCAAGGCUAGCCAGUACUCCCAUACCUCCCUUCCUCAUGAAGAGGGAUCCGUCAGAAGAGAAGAAGAUUCCAAAAGGGGUUCCUCUGCAGUUUGACAUUAACAGCGUCGGAAAGCAGACAAAUAUGACCCUCAACGAGCGCUUUGGGAUCCUGAAAGAGCAAAGGACAGCCCUCUCUCAGAACAAAGGCAGCCGUUUCGUAACUGUGGGCUAGGGGCCGUGCAAAGGACGUCCCGUCUUUCUAAGGAACUGAACGAACUGCGGGCCGAAAAAUAUGGGACCUUUUUGGACUUUGUGUCCUGAUGAAGCUGAAUAUCUUCUUCUUUUUUCUUAAAUUGUUUUUACUUUAAAUAGUUAAAAGAAACUCAACCCUCACAUGAUACCGGUCCAUAAAAAAGAGAAAAUGUCUAUGCUUGGGAAAUGGGAGUCAGGUUGCCUGGUUGGGAAAAGAUUCCCUAUAUAGCCUCAGCAAGGAGGGGGAAAGGCUGAUUUACUUACUUUGGUUUCUUGUGUAGCCAAUGGAUGUUGGUGGUUAAUCAGGUGGUCAGUAUUUGAUCCACCCACCGCCAGAAAGCUGGAAACUGUCCCGUUUCAUUCUACCCCACUGCCAAAGUUUGCUCUGUUUUUCGGCUUCAGUCACCCUGGCGAAGAGCAUUUCCUGCUGCAAGCCACCUUUCUGCGGCUUUGCCUCAGUGGUCUUUGAAGCUCUGCAGUUCACCUGACGCCGCAGGCCAAAUUGUUUGGGAAUUUGGGGUAGUAAAGUAACAGUGCAACAUUUGUUGGAGAGGAAUAGGCUACUGUCACACUUGGAAAUGACAGGAAUCAAGCAUGAGGCCUCCCUGGGGCAGCCGUGAGAAUCUGGCCCGUAUGCUGAAGAAAUGAACACGCUGGUCUCCGUGGGGUAAAUCAUUAAACACAAAUUAGGCAUUUUCUUUUCCCCUUAACGAUAGCAGUUUGCUUCAAAUCUUCGUUAGCUGAAACUAUGCUUUGACCAUUUAAUAUUACCGGAUAAGUUAUUUUGGUUGUUUGCUCUGUUGUGUUGUAGAAAUGUGCACUUUUGUGACUCCUCUACUUAGUGGUAGUUUCAACAGGUGAGCAUCAAGGGACCUUCCUGUUGUAUCAAGGGAUCAGAAGUGGCGGAGUCGAUACACACACACACACACACCCAGAGGUCCUGUGUGUUGGAUUUUUGAAUUCAAAACUUGUGUUGUCAUCUUCAGGGAUGGGUACAGUCCUCUGUCCAGCAUCCAAGCUUAAUUGAGGUUAGCCAUGUUCAGAACUGUAGCAUGAGUAAUUUCCUGUGAUGACACCUCUUGCUUCCUGGACUAAAACUAUCCAUAGUGGUCCAGUGAGGUGCACCUACACCUACUUGGUUUACUUGGUCUCAAAAACCUGGUAUGUUGUAAUACAAGUCUUCAUUUUUCUUUGAAAUUCCCACGCCAUUAGUAUAUUGUGGAGUUUCAAACAAAGAUCUCUUUUGUUAGUAGCAGGUCUUUCCUUAUAGCAGUUUUAACAUAGUCAUGUAUCUAUGACAAUUAGCAUUCAACUUUUUCUGUUUUUAAUUCUUUGAAAUAUCUUCUAUACCUUUACAACGGAGGAAAAAAAGUUUGGAAUAUAAAAGUUUUUUGGUUUUUUUACCUUGUUAGUAGGAGUUCUGUUCAAGAGGCCUGUUAGAAUUGAAGUAGGCUGUACGCUGAUCAUCCUGUGUUGGUUUUCUACCAGGAUGCAAUUACAAAAAAAACAAAAAAAUUCCUUUUGCAUCCACAUAGAUGCAAAACAUUGAUGCAAUGCAUCUCAAGAGAGCUAGUUUGUAUUUAAGGAGAAUAUGCUUUAAACUGUACCUUUUGGUAUUUUUUUUUUUGAGAAGUUAAUACAUUUGGAUCUAUUCUAAAGCUGUUGGACUUUUUAAAAAUAAAAACGUUACAAGUUU